GUCUGUCUGUCUGUCUGAGACUUUUAAUAAGGCAUCACUUUCUGUUGUGUAUUAAGUAGAAUGUGUGACUUAGGUUUUUAAUGAGACAAAAUUCAUAGUUGUUUAUAUUUAAAAUUGACUGUAUGAAUUGAAUGUGUUUUUAUCGUAAGCCUGCGUAUUUUGAAAUAGAGAAUCUGAUGUGAGAAAUGCAGCAAAACAGUUUCUUGUAUUCUGUUCCUUCUUCUUUUCCUCCUGGAGAUGAAAGGUUACAUUUUCAAAACACUAAUUCCUGUCCAGUAUCUCCUAAUGCUACUGCAUGGUCCAAUAACUAUCCCAACACAAUAGGAUCAGUACCUAUGCCUGCAUAUAAUGGUUUUGAAAGAAAUGCUGGGAAUUAUGGAAUACCUCCACCUCAAAAUUCAUUUCCCCCUGUGUCUACAGCAAUGUAUGGUACUACACCAACAUGUUCCUGGGCUCAUACUGUUCCACAACUCAUGCCUUGGGUUACAAAAAGUGAUACAAAUAUACCAGAGAUGAUUGUACGCUUUACUGCACCUUUUCUUCCAGAUCCUUGCACUUCACAAACUGCUACAAGUUGGGAACUUUUGAACAAUUUAGGAGCUAAUAAAACCAAUGUGAAUAUGCAUUUGAAAAGGAAGAGUGAUUUAGAUUUAGAUGCUGCGCCACAGAAAAUGUGUAUCACAGAAGAACGCAUGGCAGCUCGUUUGAGAGAAUUGCAUAUUAGCAAUCAAUAUUGCUUACCAUCUGAGAAUUCACAGUUUGGACAUAGUGAUUCAACAGAUGUCCAUCCAGUUGAGAAAUCUGUUACUAAUCUUCAAGAAUUAGAUGCCAUGUAUUGUAUUUAAAUUUCGUAUUUCUGUGUAAUUUAUAGAAUUUACUAUAGAUAUGUAAAAGUGUAUCAUGUUUAAUACAGUACAAAGUCCAAAAUCUGGACCUCCAGUAUCCAGAAUUAUCUAAAUCCGGACCAUCGGUCCAAAUAAAUAAAUCAAAUUAUUAGAAGUGGGGAGUAUAAUACAUAGUAAAAGGAAGCAGAUGCAUCAUAAAUGUAUUUUUUUUCCUAACUAACUGUUAUUCUUACAUGUCACUUUUAAACACUUUGUGGUUAGGGAUUUGCAUCAUGGUCAAUAACAGUACAUGGAUUGGCAUUAUAUUGAUGUUGGCCAUGGUCAAAAUUUUUGGCAUUUAAGUAAUUGUGGGUUGGGGUAAGACUGGUGCUAUGCAAUGUCACCCAGUACAAUCUCUGUGAUUUGCAAGUUCUGCUGUCUUGUACCUCCUGAAAUUUUAAAACUUUGUUGCUCAGUGCUCCUCUAAAUUGUGCUCUUGAUGACAGAUUUGUUGUGUUAAAUUUUUAAAACUAAUUCAAUUCUAAAAUUUUUACUACUCCUAAAUUCUGAUACCCAGUGUGCUCACAUUGGCUUUGGUCCUGUGUGGCGUGGAUUAGUACGAAGUCAAUAAGUGAAGUUGCAGCUUUGUCAUGUCAUCUUAAAGAUUAAAACUAAAGUUGAAUCUUGGACUUUAUACUAUAAGAAACAGUAUUUUGGUGUAUUGGCUUGAUUAAAGUGAAUGCAUGUCAAAUUUUACUGAUUUGUUUUCUCAUCUUUUUUUGAAUAUAUAGAGGGUAUACAGAGUAAUAAAAGUUCUUGUGAAAAAAUAUAUGGCAUUUCAUACCUGCAAUACAGCUCUGCCACAUUGAAGGGAGAAUCAGUCUUUCAACAGUUGUUAUAGACGUAACAUGCAUACCUAAAAUGAACACUGAUCUUCAGGAUUCAAUUUCAAGCAAAACUGUUGAACAGAAACUCCAUAUUGUGAACAUAUAUGGCAAAGUGGCAAUUUGUAAAUAAAUGGCGAUGUCACGUAAUGCUUUCAGAUGACAUUAGUGGUUCAGAGUUCAUUAAGGACUCUACAGCAGUGGCAUCAAGUCAUCUGCUAACCUGCAUUCACCCUAUAUUAUACUAGCUUCUCUUUAUCUUACAUCAUGCUACCCUAUAUCGUAUUACUAGGUGUAUGGUCUGAUGAACUGAGAAGUGUUUAUAACACCUGCCUCUUGCCAGCUGCGAAGUAUAGAAAAAGCUGCAUGCUGGUGUGAGGGAAAAUGUUUUGGCAUGAUCUUGACCCAGUCCUUAUUCUGUAUGGGAAGAGUACGGCCAAUCAUUCCUGAACAAUUAUGUUCAAACUUGUUAUCUACACUUUAUUCCAUGAAGAACAACUGCUUUUUUAAGACAAAACUAUAUACGUGUUCAAGCCUAGUUUGGCCCACCAUCGGCCAAGCGGUAAAGACGCUGAACACUGAUAAUUCGCUCUGAGGUUCGAAUCCCAUGAACGGGCUGGCUGCAU